GGACCAGCUGGAUAACUGGACGCAGGACCCGGGGAGUUUCUGGUCCUACGGCGCCCCCGAGGCCCUUGAUCAAGAGCCGCUCAUCCACAUGGCGAUGCGCUACCGUCGUUUCAGGCAGUUUGGUCCUUAGACCCUGAUGAUCCGACGAUGCCUGUGCAUCGCCUUUGUGGAAUGGCAGUCCCGUCACAAGGUCCACUCGGUGAGCCGCACCGCGGAGGCGCUGCACCGCCGACUGCAGAUGUCCAUGGAGGAAGCGUCGAGCAUGCUCAAGCAGAUGGUCGACGCCGGCGGACGCUUCGUCAACCUCGAAAUGCACGCCGGCGAGGGCGUCUCCAUCAUCCUCGGCCAAGGAUCAGAGUCCAGGUGGAUCAAACUCUUGCCGAAGAAGGGGGAGCAGUUCAAGAAGAUGGUGCAACACCUGCGGGACCUUCAAUUGCAUGAGAGAUAUCCCCGCGAGUGCGAGCUUCGCGUCAAGGUCGUGAAUUGGCUGCUCAGUCGUUUCGAUGGAGGGAUGAGCUCGCCGGCGGACAGUAUAUCGCCGGAUCGUAGUUCUCCGCUUGACUUGGGGCUCGCAAAAGCGAAUUUUCCCACGAACAACAUGGUUGCCGCCCCUUGACAGUUGGGUUGAGCUCCAACACAAACCGGCGGGGCAGGGGUGAUCGGAAGCUUAGCCAGACUCUACAGUAUCAAAGUCUUUCAGUGCAAAUUUCUCAAUGGCUGCCC